AGAUUGCUUGAUGUAACCAGUAGCUACCCAUCCCACCUGAUGCUAUAGUGAAUUUAAACCGUUUAAAACCAAACGACUUACUCCAUAAAAUAAGUGGUAAUCAAUCUUUACCAUUUAUUUAAAAUGGAACUUUUUUUUAAAAAAAAAAAACCAAAGGUAUCUUCCGCAUGCAACUAAUUCCCUCUAAGUAACUGAAAUUCAUUUAAGGGGUUGACAUAUUCCAACAAAUGUUUCUCCAUACACACCGAUCGAAAUUCAAGUCUAAGACCAAAUAGUUAAGUGACACAAGCAUCUCCCACUUGUGUCUCACUAUGUUGAUAGAUCAAACGAUUUUAUUUAGUACAACAGCCAGAUAUCCAAACCCGAAUUUGGAUGUCUCCAAUAUAUUUUCUAUCAUUUUUCUUAAUCCAAAGAAUGAUUUUCUCUCAUUUUUAUUCGUAAUUUAAAGAUGAAGAUAAAACGUCAGAGAAAACCAGAGAGAUACAAAUCCUUCCAAACCCUAUAUCAUUGCUCAAUUCUUUAUCUAAAGUUUUGAUAAUAAAGGAAAGGACUUCUUUCAUAAAGUUAAAGGCACACUAAAGAAAAGUUUAUUAUGACAGUGAGUUUCUUUGGUUAGGACGGAUAAUAUAUGCCUGGCCCCUGAUUUUGAGCUAAUGCGUGUUCCAAGUCUUUUUUCUUUGGUCAAACAAACCUGUUCCAAGUCUUCCCGGUCUCUUGUCUUGUCUUCUCUCUCUGAUCAUCUCACCUCACCUCACCUUAGUAAACUAAAAAUCAUAUCCAUCUUUUUUCUUUCUUUGACUCAGUCUUUAUCUUCUUCUCACAAUUCUUGUACUAUAACACUCUCUGAUUCUUAUUCUGCACAACCCUUUUUGUUUCCUAAAUUGGGUUUGCUAAUAACCCAGGUUGUGUUCUUAGGAGGAUUACAGUGCUAUGCUAUGAUAUGGACUUAUAGUUUCUGCUGUGGAUUGCAUUAAAUACUAAUCUGAGUGAAGUAUCUGAAUAACUUGGUCUGGGCUUUUUUAUAUGUGUGUUUGGGAUCUUUGGUGAAGAUGGUUUUGAGUAGUAGAAUUUUCAAUACUCAUGUUAUUGUUAGUUUCUUUCUGCUGAUUAGUUGUAGUAUGACCUAUGGUACUGAUAGUGACAUCUUCUGCUUAAAAAGCAUACACGAAUCGCUAAAAGACCCAAACAAUUAUCUGGAAAAUUGGAAUUUCGACAACAAAACUGAAGGGUUUCUUUGCAAGUUUACUGGUGUUGAAUGUUGGCACCCUGAUGAGAAUAGGGUUUUGAAUCUCAAACUUCCUAAUAUGGGACUCAAGGGCGAGUUUCCUCGAGGAAUUCGUAAUUGCUCGAGUUUAACAGGAUUAGAUUUUUCAUUAAACAGCCUCUCUAAAGCCAUUCCAGAUGAUAUAUCUAAUCUACUCAACUUUGUGGUCACUCUUGAUCUAUCUUCAAAUGAUUUCACCGGAGUGAUACCUUUGUCGCUUGCUAAUUGUACCUAUCUUAAUAGUCUUAAACUUGACCGGAACCAACUUACCGGUCAAAUUCCUCUGGAAUUUGCUUCGCUCACGCGGCUUAAGAUGUUUACUGUUUCAAAUAAUCUUUUGACGGGCCAAGUUCCAAAUUUUGGAAAAAAUGUAGCAAUUACGGAGGCUGAUUAUGCAAAUAAUUCAGCACUCUGCGGACCGCCCUUGAAGGCUUGCACGGCAUCUUCAAAGACUAACACUGCGGUUAUAGCUGGUGCAGCUGUUGGUGGUGUGACUCUUGCAGCAUUAGGAGUGGCUGUUGGAUUGUUCUUCUAUGUGCGCCGUGUUUCACACAGGAAAAAGGAAGAAGAUCCUGAAGGAAACAAGUGGGCACGAAUCCUAAAGGGAACCAAGAAAAUAAAGGUUUCAAUGUUUGAGAAGUCAAUUUCAAAAAUGAACUUGAGUGAUCUCAUGAAGGCUACUAAUAACUUCAGCAAAAGCAAUGUUAUUGGGACUGGAAGAUCAGGAACUGUUUACAAAGCUGUCCUUGACGACGGCACAUCACUCAUGGUUAAGCGAUUACAGGAAUCUCAACACUCGGAGCAAGAAUUUACUGCCGAGAUGGCUACACUAGGAACAGUUAGACAUCGUAACUUGGUUCCUCUUUUAGGUUUUUGCCUCGCCAAAAAGGAGAGACUUUUGGUCUAUAAAAAUAUGCCGAAUGGCACUCUUCAUGAUCAAUUACAUCCUGAUGCUGGCGAGUGUACUAUGGAGUGGUCUAUAAGGCUCAAAAUCGCAAUCGGAGCUGCCAAAGGAUUUGCAUGGCUUCAUCACAACUGCAAUCCUCGUAUUAUCCACCGAAACAUAAGCUCUAAGUGCAUCAUGUUGGACACAGAUUUUGAGCCAAAAAUAUCCGAUUUUGGCCUUGCUAGAUUGAUGAACCCGAUUGAUACACAUUUGAGUACUUUUGUAAAUGGUGAGUUUGGUGAUUUAGGUUAUGUUGCUCCCGAGUAUACAACAACUUUGGUGGCUACUCCUAAGGGAGAUGUUUAUAGCUUUGGAACUGUGCUACUUGAGUUGGUGACAGGUGAAAGACCUACUCAUGUAGCGAAAGCUCCAGAAACAUUUAAAGGAAAUUUGGUAGAAUGGAUCAUGCAGCUCUCAGUCAACUCUAGCCUAAAAGACGCAAUCGAUGAAUCAUUAGUUGGGAAGGGUGUUGAUCAUGAACUUUUUCAGUUUCUCAAGGUUGCAUGCAACUGUGUUACUUCAACUCCAAAGGAGAGGCCUACUAUGUUUGAAGUAUAUCAGUUUCUAAGAGAAAUUGGGAGUAGAUAUAAUUUCAUAACUGAGGAUGAGAUAAUGGUACUUACAGAUGAUGGCAAUGCUGGUAAGUUGGAAGAACUUAUUGUAGCGCGAUAGGGAUAUAAAUGAAAGGUAUUUGAAAUAUAACAGUGUAUGCAAUCAUAUUUUAACUUGUUUGUAUCUAUUUCGCCGCGGAUGUGUCAUAUAUAAAUGUUAUUAUGGUCUAAAUGACGUUGUGUAUCAUCAAUAUUGAAACAUCAUGAAUCAUGGAUGCCCAUUUAUAUAAUAUAGGUGACUGACUUUGUUUAUGAUCCUUAUUUCAAAA